GAGUUUGUACGAUUUCGGAGCGCCUUCGUAUCAACCUUCAAACCCGGCCAGAGUAUCAAAUAACCCCCCAUCCCCCCAAGAGGAAGAAGAACGCCCCGCCCGCAUUAGGCCUUUUGUUCGAUAGAACAUCAUGCUCCGUCUGCCUCAGACGCUUUUCCUUCCUUCUCUCCCCGCCCUUGCAUUCGCCGCUCGAGCAGCAUCAUCAUCAACGUCGUCUCUAAGCUUUCUUCAUCGACGCUUCUCUUCUUCGCGCUCGUGCAAAGCCGGAGAAACCUCAGACCCUACCUCUGAUGAAUCUUCAAAAUCCGGUCCUUUGAGAUCUGGUUUGUAUCUUGUAGCCACACCAAUCGGCAAUCUUGAAGACAUCACCUUGCGUGCAUUGCGCAUCUUAAGAUCAGCAGAUGUGAUACUUUCAGAAGAUACAAGACAUUCAGGGAAGUUGCUGCAGCACUACAAUAUAAAGACUCCCCUCCUGAGUUACCACAAAUUCAAUGAAUCUCAACGUGAAACAACUAUCCUUAAGAGGCUGCAACAAGGUGGUGUCAUUGCCUUGAUCAGCGAUGCAGGGACACCAGGCAUCAGUGACCCUGGCAUGGAACUGGCAAAGUUAUGUGUAAAUGAGAACAUUCCCGUUGUUCCUAUCCCUGGGCCAUCUGCUUUGGUGGCUGCUCUUUCUGCCUCAGGGUUAUCAACUGAUGAGUUCAAAUUUGUUGGAUUUCUUUCUAAAAAUGCGGGAACAAGAAGACAACAAAUGAUGGUUUCUGCUAAUGAUAGUGCAACACAAAUAUUCUUUGUUCCUCCACAUAAGCUCCUACAGUUCCUUGAAGAAGCUUCCCCAAUCUUUUGUGACUCAAGGCAAUGUGUCAUUGCUCGCGAGAUGACAAAACUUCAUGAACAGUUUUGGCGGGGGACUUUGGGGGAAGCAAAAGAAGCAUUUUCAAAUCAGCAGCCAAAGGGAGAGAUCACACUCUUAAUAGAAGGAAAAGAAAAUUCUGUUGAUGAAGUUCCAUCGGAAACUCAACUUGAGCAUGAUUUGAGAGAUUUAAUCUCCAAUGGUCAGAGUCUCUCCAUGGCAGUGAAGUUGGUGUCUGAAGGAACAUCUGUCAAAAGAAAAGCAGUUUAUGCACUUGCGUUGAGGAUGUUUGGAAAGCAAAUCGAGGCUGAGGAUUCUUCAAGUUAGGCUAAUCGACUUGCUAGUAAAGCUGCAGGAAGCUUUGAAGGUGAAGCUGGGGCUGAUGUAGGUAUAGUGGUGGGAAGACUGUUUGGAAAUGUUAGAAAGUGCUAAUGCCAAGCUGGAGCGGGAGAGCGAAUAUGAAGCUGGAGCAGAUGGGGUAUUAAGGUAUUAGCUUUGCUAAGCGCAUAUGCAUGUGCAAUAAAGCUCAUGUACAUGCCACACGUGCUAGCAUGGCACAUAGGUGCAAGCAAUCCACCCAUCUGGUUGGUCCAACCAUGUACAUUUUUUCCCAAGAACAAUCCUGGUCCACUAGGUUCUUUUUCAAUCCUGGAACAUGAUACGCAUUCUGCAAGACUUUUGAACUCCCUUUCAUGGGUGAGAUUGCGAGGUCACCCACGUGCUUCAUGGUAGGGGUGCACAUCGAACCGGUAGAACCGUGGAACCGGACCAGAACCGACCAAAUGGUCCGGUUUGGUCCGGUUCUAGAGUGCACCGGUUCCGGUUCCAAAAAUCAAAGAACCGAUUACAUCGGUUCGGUUCUUGGUUUGGAGGUAGGUAGAACUAAACCGAACUGAACCGAACCUGGAACCGAACUUGGAACCGAACUUGGAACCGAACCAGGAACCCUUUGAUUGUUUCCAUAUUUGAUUCAUGAUUUAUGGUUUACAAUGCACCAUUUGAUUGUUUCCAUAAAUGUAUUUUAGCACACCUUGUACAGUAUCUAAACCAUUCAUCAAAUGGAUCACAACACGAAUGAACAUGGGCAA